AUGAUGCACCAGGGGGGCGGCAAGAGUGGCGGCCUCGGGUACCCGAGCACCCGGAGCAGGCAGACUUCUGCGACUUCCGCGGCAGAUUCGCAUCCCAGGGCGUCGUCGGACGAUCAGUCUGAGACCGCCCAGUGGAGCAGGCAGAUCUCCUUCGCAGACUCGCACCCCGACGCGUCGUCGGACGACCAGUCCGAGACCACCCAGUUCAGCAGGCAGACCUCCCCGACAGCCCCGCAGCCCUGGGCGUCGGCGGACGGCCAGUACGGCACCGGCGAGCUGGGGUCGGGCGGCCAGGGGGACGACGUGGCGGGCCGCCCGAAGCGCAGGCUGGUGGUCAGGAAUACGUUCCUCACCGUGGUCGACGACGAGGAAGCCCCAACUUUGGGCCGAGUCAAGUCCGCGCCGACGCUGGCCCUCUGCCCCUCGAUGGGUCUGGCCAGGACCGGUGCAGGUGUGCACGUGGCGCCUUCCUCGGGGAGGCGCUGA